AAAUAAUUCAUAAGUAUCUAAUAAAGCUAAGGACCUAUGCUGAAUUAUGUCCACAUGCAAAGACCUUUAAAUAUGCAUAUUUCUAAAACAUGUAAUCCAUCUUUUACGCAGACAUAAUACCUUACAGCGGACAUUUUGGUGUCAUGGAAUUAGAGGAACAGGUAAAACUAAACAUUAAAUUUUCUUAAAGUAUUUUAAUGUUAGAAUUCUGCAUGCCUAAAUAAAACAAAGUCAUCAUUAAUGUAAUUAAACUGCUUUAACAAUUAAAGCAUAGCUGACAAUUGAUAAGUACCUAUGUUAAGACAGUUUUCCUCGUGUAUUUUUCUACCUGGUGAUGAUUUGGUAAAUUAAAAACACAUUUUCAUGGAUUAAACAGAAGAUAUAUUGAUAUUACCAACUGUAAUUUUAAUGUGACUUCUAUGCUUCUCUAUUACAAGAGGCUGUACCUAUUUGUGACAUGUUUUCUUCUAAAAUCUGCUAAAAUUUGGAUUAAUUCUUACUCUUACUGUACAGUAUACAGAGUUACUGUACUGUUAUUGUGGACACUUCGAGGAGCGGGAAAAACUCGACGAGGCCAUUCUGUUGAGUCCUGGCUAAUGAUAUUUUUAACAAUAUCCAGACCUGUUUAGGGUUAUCAUAGGUCUCUUAAGACAAAUUUUAUGUAAUAUUUAAGUAACACUAAUAUUAGACGAAAGUGCUAUUAGUAAUAUUGCAAAGAAAUUAGACGUAGCUGCGCGUCAUUCACUGUUAGCUCGUUUGCUCGUUAGCAUUAGCAAUUCCUAGCGAGCUAACUCUCGGCAAAACAAAGAAGAAACAUGGCAGCAGGGAAAAUGUGCCUCAGGACGAACAAGCAGGAGACUGCAGAGUGGACAGGAUUGUUUCUGAACGACCUAAAAACCAAGCAAGAAUCUCUGGUCUUCAUUAAGAGGAUGAUGGCUGUGGCUGUCUCCUCCAUCACCUAUCUCAGAGGGAUUUUUCCAGAGGAUGCCUACAGAUCCAGAUAUCUGGAAGAUUUGUGCAUUAAAGUUUUGCGUGAGAACUGCAACACUCCAGGUGCCAGCAAAGUUGUGAAAUGGAUGAUGGGCUGCUUUGAUGCAUUAGAAAAGCAGUAUCUCCAGAUUGUAUUCCUUGGGGUCUACACCAAUCCAGAUGAACCCAAUUGCAUUAUCGAGUCCUACCAGUUCAAAUUCAGAUACACUGAAAAGGGGCCCCAGAUGGACAUUUUCAGGAACAGGAGUAUGGAGAUGCAGGUGACGUUGGAGGACACCAAGAAGGCCUCAGUGCUGCUCAUCAGGAAGCUCUUCUUGCUGAUGCAGAAUCUGGACGCCCUCCCCAGCAAUGUCUACCUCACCAUGAAGCUCUACUACUACGACGACAUCACCCCUGCAGAAUACCAACCACCUGGCUUCAAGGAGGGGGAAUGCGACAGCCUGUGGUUUGAAGGCAUGGCGGUGCACUUCAGGGUGGGUGAGGUGCAGACGGCCUUCCACACCUUGAGAGUGCGAGUGUCAGCGGAACAAGGCCGGGUGGAGAAACUCCAGAGAGGAAACCACUUGAGGGAACCUCAGCAGGUUCCUGAAAGAAUUUCUCCAAGGAAGGAAACAAUGAAGGUGAAAGAUGAUCUACCUUCUGAAGAUGAAUCUGCACAGUUCAAGAAACCAACAAGACCUUUGGCAAAGAGAAAACCAGCUGGCAAAAGUCUGUCCAGGAAGAAAAGAAGAAUUUAGGCAAUAAGACAAGUGACCAAACGCAAGUUGAAAUAUGAAAAACUUCUUCAUUUUGUUAUAUUCACAAACGCUG